UGUCAAAAUGAUAAUAAUGUCGUAAAACUCGUCUUUAAUAACUAAUAUUUUUUUUAAUUAACGUUAUUAAUUUAGGGGAAUAUCCGCAAUGGAUUUUCCACUUGAAACGAUAAUCUUAGCCGUAGACGCGAUGGUGUUCGCGGCUUGUUUUUUGGCGUAUUACAAGAAAAAAACCAUCAUCAAUCAAAUUGAAAACGCUCCGCAGCUUGGAAUAACAAACGAUUUGAAGAAUGUCGUAAUGGACUAUCCGGGGUACCGAAUACCCUACGCUUGCAUCCAAGGAGUCGUUAAACCCAUCGGAGUACCUAUUAUAAGCAAUUCCAACCCGAAAGUUAACGGCGUCGUACAAUACAUCAUCUUAAGAGAGCAUAUAGCCCAGUUAACAGAAGGUCACUGGUCCGACCGACAAAGAAUAAUACGAAAAAUUCGAAACGUUGUCCCGUUUACGAUUUCAAAUAGUGAACAAAGUGUAAAAAUUUUGGCACCGCUUUCUGCUGCAAUGCUCGAUAUGGAUAUAAUCAGCGAUACUUAUAGCGGAAAUGCGCAAGAAGUAAUCAGCCACGCGUGGUCGCAUAUACUUGGAGUUAAACAAACCGGAAUCCAAACAACCGAAAAGAUGCUAAAAAGCGGAACUAUACUUACAGCGAUCGGGGAGCUAAGCUUAUCUCCGGAUAGAAAACAAGUUUUUGUUACCCCACCAUCGAACGGAGCUCCAUACUUUUUAACUUUUAUGGAAGUUUCUUCUCUUUUGGCGAAAUUAAAGCGUAGCAAAUUCACAUACGGGAUUGUAUGCGCAGUGUGUUUUGCACUUGGAUUAUAUCUUUGCGUUCGGUUUCAAAAGAAGAAAAAAGAUACCGAUUUUAGGCUAGUAGAAUAAAAAUUUUAAUAUAUCUAUGUAUCUAUUUUAUAUGAUUUCAUAUUAAACAGUGUAUUAGCUAUAA